AUGUUUUUAGCAUCAAAAGGAUUUAAAAGGGAAGAUCUUAUUAUUGUUGCCCAAGAAAUUGGCGAAGUAUUACCUCAAAAAGCUAUUGUAGCGGACCUGAAGACAAUCAUUUUGAAAAGUAAAGAAUAUUUAUCUGAUCCAGAUUUUGUAACAAGUGUGUUGGUAGCUACAGUCAAUGAUCGACGACAAAAGGAGGAAUAUGAAGAAAAAUUGAGACAAAGAGAAUAUGAAGAGAGACAAAGAGAAUAUGAAGAGAGACAAAGAGAAUAUGAAGAGAGACAAAAACUUAGGCAAUUUAGUGGAGAUUUAAAAGAUUGGCUACCAUUUUGGGGACAAUUUGAACAAAUUAAUAACGAUACAGAUAUUGCCCCUGAAAACAAAUUUCAAUACCUGAUUCAAGCUACAACUGUUGGAUCUAGAGCUAGAGAAGUUGUAGAAAGCCUUCCUCCAGCAGCUGCAAACUAUACCAAAGCAGUAGAUAGCCUCAAAGCCCGAUUUGGCAAGGAUGACCUUUUGGUCGAAGUUUAUGUUAAGGAAUUGUUGAAGCUCAUAGUUUCCGUUCAAAAGCACGAAAAGAUAUCUAUGACGUCCCCUUAUGACAAACUAGAGUCAUAUCUUCGAGCUUUAGAAAAGUUAGGUGUUACGACAGAGAAAUGCGCUUCAAUACUAUUCCCUAUGGUAGAAUCUUGUGUCCAAGAAGAGUUUCUAAAAGCCUGGAACCGAAGCUCUUCGCCCGUUGCCUCAGUUGACGCCAAAGAGCGAUUAACAAACAUCAUGGCUUUUCUGAAGGCAGAAACGGAAGGUGAAGAAAGAAUUAAUUUGGCCAUGUCAGGUUUUGGCUUGGGAUCUGAUGAAAAACGCCAACCCUUUAAAAAGAAAGCAAGAGAUUUGCCAACAAAAAGAUUUCCAACAGCGGCAAAUCUAUUGACUACAGAUGUAAAAGAUUUGAAGAAAGGGUGUGUGUUUUGUUCAGGGAAACAUAAAAGUUCAGAUUGCUUUUCCACUCAAAAUAUGACUUUAGCUGAAAGAAAGAACAUAGUAAGAGAAAGUCAGUGUUGUUUUGCCUGUUUAAUGCAAGGACAUCCAGUUCGUAAGUGCAAAGCUUUUAUGAAAUGUGUCAUAUGCGGUAAAAGACAUGUGGUAUUAAUGUGUGAAUCUUUAGCUGCAAAAAAUCGUGAACCCGAUAAAUCUGGGCAGAAAAGUGAAAGUUCAGAAAUAAACAUGUCAAACAUCACGUACGGUCCGAAAGUGUUCCUUCAAACUAUGAAACUAAAGCUGAUAUCUGAUAGAAAAGAAAUUGUGGUGAGAGCAGUUUUAGAUUCUGGAUCACAGAGAACAUAG